AUGUCAAGAAAGACAGGAGAAGACGAUAUAUGGAAAUCAAAUGUCGAGAAAAUAAACUCAGAAUUAUUCACCCUCACAUAUGGAUCAGUAGUAGCCCAACUCUGUCGAGAUUUCCAAAACAAUUAUCAAGAAGUCAACAAUCAACUAGAUAAGAUGGGUUAUAAUAUUGGGCUUCGCUUAAUUGAAGAAUUCUUAGCUAAAACAGGUAUAAAAAGAUGUUCAAAUUUUAAAGAAACAAUCGAUGUAAUUUCAAAAUUAGGUUUUAAAUUAUUUUUAAAUAUCCAACCAAUUGUGGAAUCUACAAAUGAUCCAAAUACUUUCGUGUUGGUGUUGCCUGAACCUAACCCCUUGACAGAAUUUGUUGAAUUGCCAAUUAUGAGUGAUGAAAAGAUUGCGAAGGAAUUAUGGUAUUCUCAGAUUUUGUGUGGUGUUUUGAGGGGAGCAUUACAGAUGGUACUGUUGGAUUGUGAGGUUAUGUUUGUGAAGGAUUCAUUGAGAGGGGAUGAGAGGACAGAAAUGAGAUUGAGAUUAAUUAAAGUAUUGAAAGACGAAGUACCGGCUGGUGAGGAUUAG